UUUUCGUCUCCCUGAACCCAUCCGUACAGCUCCUCUCGCCUCUGCAGCUCGCCACUGCUCCUCUUCCGGUCGGCGUGAAGGAAGCUGACCCCCGUCCCUCACUUCAACUUCCCGGGCCUUCACUUGCUUCCCCGGCGACGACCUCCUCUAAUCUGCAACUGCAGCUGCACCUUCCUCCACUUCCGGCAGCGGCUCCGUCAUCGCCAAGUUGAAGAAGUGAAAGAGACAAGCCGGCGAGAAGCUCCGAUGUCGCAGUUGCGGGGAAGCUGCCAUUGUUGAUCUUAAUAUAUAAGAGCGUGGCCUCUACCUCAACGAAUUGCGUAAGGACCUCGCGAACUUCAGUGGGUCGACUGCCUCCAUCAAUGGCCUCCUACAGGCCGUAUCCUCAGCAGUCAUCGUUUGUUCCUCCCCCGAACCAGAACUCUCUUCCCCCGCCACCGCAUCCACCCCCGCCGAGAGGUCAGUAUUCACGUGGCUGGGGUUACGGCAGCAGCGGCGGUGGCAGCGGCAGCGGCAGCGAUGCGUCUUCUAAUUACCAAAUGCCGCCCAAUUCGAAUUACCAUCACCAGCCCUAUAAUUCUUCUUCGAGACCACCCCAACAGCCUCCGCCGCCGCCGCAUUACUCAUAUGCUCCGCCACCUCCCCCUCCGCCUCCACCAGAUUCUUCGUAUCCACCUCCACCCCCGCCACCGCCUUCGCAACCUCCACCCAUGUACUAUCCCUCUUCUUCUCAAUACUCGCAAUACACUUCCCAAACGGAGCCGCCACAGCCGCCGCCUCCCCCUCCGUCCCCACCCCCUAGCUCUUCGAUCCCUCCCCCACCUCCCCCAAGUUCACCACCUCCGCCUCCACCUGCACAGAGUAAAGAGAGCAGUGCACCCGGCAGGAGGCCGUAUGAUCAUGACAAGGGAGCGGUACCUAGGGAGCGAGAAUCAGGGCGGUUGAGUCACGGUGCUUCUGUCAAACAGCCAAUGAAGCCCCCAGCUCCUGGGGUGAAAAGGCCUAAUGGGAAUUCGGUGAGGAUGGAAACUGAGGAAGAAAGGCGGUUGAGGAAGAAGAGAGAGUAUGAGAAGCUAAGGCAGGAGGAGAAGCAUAGACAGCAGUUAAAGGAGCACAAUUCGGUCUUACAAAAGACUCAGACGCAGAACAUGUCUUCUGGGAAAGGCCACGGUUCAAUUGUUGGAUCCCGUAUGGGUGACAAGCGAGCAACUCCAUUGCUGAGCAGUGAGAGGAAUGAAAAUAGGUUAAAAAAGCCAACUACCUUCUUGUGCAAAAUGAAAUUCCGAAAUGAACUUCCAGACCCAAGUGCUCAGAUGAAGCUUAUGUCUAUGAAGAAAGAUAAAGACCGAUUUACUAAAUAUACCAUCACAUCCCUGGAGAAGAUGUGGAAGCCUCAGCUGUAUGUUGAGCCAGAUCUUGGAAUACCACUUGAUCUGCUUGAUCUUAGUGUCUACAACCCUCCAUCUGUAAAGCCACCCCUUGCUCCUGAAGAUGAAGAAUUGCUGCGAGAUGAUGAUGUGGUGACCCCAAUAAAGAAGGACGGCAUCAGAAAGAAAGAUAGGCCUACCGAUAAGGGCGUUUCUUGGCUUGUGAAAACACAAUACAUUUCUCCUCUUAGUUUGGAUUCAGCAAAGCUGUCUUUAACUGAGAAACAAGCCAAGGAAUUGCGAGAGCUGAAAGGAGGCCGCAACAUUUUGGACAAUCUUAAUAACAGGGAAAGACAGAUUAAGGACAUUGAGGCAUCAUUUGAGGCCUGUAAAUCCCGCCCAGUGCAUGCUACUAACAAAAAUCUCUAUCCAGUUGAAGUUUUGCCCCUUUUUCCUGAUUUUGAUCGGUACAAUGAUCAAUUUGUCCUGGCAACAUUUGACAAUGCUCCUACAGCUGAUUCAGAAAAUUACAGUAAGCUGGACCUUGCUGUUCGUGAUGAACACGAAUCAAGGGCCAUUAUGAAGAGUUACAUGGCAAAUGGCUCUGAUCCAGCCCAUCCAGAGAAGUUUUUGGCAUACAUGGUCCCAUGUACUGAUGAGUUAGCCAAAGAUAUGCUUGAUGAAGAGGAAGAUAUCAACUAUUCCUGGGCCAGAGAGUACAAUUGGGAUGUACGGGGUGAUGAUGCCGAUGACCCCACAACAUAUUUCGUGUCAUUUGAUGAUGAUGCGGCUCGCUAUGUGCCUCUUCCAACGAAGCUCACUCUGAGGAAGAAGAGGGCCAAGGAGGGAAGAUCCACUGAUGAAGUGGAGCACUUCCCAGUGCCUGCCUCCAUCACCGUGAGGCAGCGGCCCACUGUCACUGCAAUCGAGCUAAAGGAGUCGGGGGUUUAUUCGAAUUCAAAGGGGAAAGCAAAGAUGACGAGGGGAAUGGAUGAUGAUGAGGGGCUCGAGUCGCCAGAAAGGUAUGCAGAAAGGUAUGCGCGGCCUCAAGAGAUGAUGGAGGAGCAAUCCAGUGGAGCUGAGGAGUAUUCCGACUAGGCCAUUGUUAACAGUUAUGGGAUUGUGAAGCAAGUAGAUCUCCCGACUCGAUGCCACAGGUGGAGGAGUCAGGGAACAGGAGCCGGCUCUUGUACUUUGUAAUUUUUGUACUUACGAAAAUUUUUCCAUUUGUAUUUGCACUAUAUAUGUUAUUGGUUUUAGUCAAAAUAAAGCUUUGCUUAUAAUAAAUAUAGUGCUUGGAAGUAGUA